AUUCACCUCACCACGUCGAUAAAGCAGCUCGGUCAGUCAGAUCUUGGAAUGAGCAGCAAGUGGACGCGCCAGCGGAGACUCGAUUGUCUCGGUCGUUUCGUAUUAGUUGUCUUGGUCGCCAAUUUCCUCGGCUCCGUCUUCUCGAUCGAUCGUCGAUCGAUGUUUCGUCGUGUAUAGUUCGUCAUUCGCGUUACACCGUAUCCAUAUCCGUACUGUGUCGUGUCGUGUCGUCCUGUUCUGUUGUGUCGCGUAUCCCGUCGCCUCGUCGUAGGGGCGCCUACUGGGCGCGAUCUGUUCGUACGGUAUAUACUCGUCGCGGACCGGUGCCCGGGGAAGACUCCAGCCUCAGAAACUCUGAGAGAGAGAGAGAGAGAGAGAGAGAGAGAGUGACGGACCGCCGUUUAUCAUCGCGAUUGCCGCAUACGGCGGUCGUAGCGCCGUGACGUUAACGGAGGGUCACGACUCGGAGUCUCGCCGACUUCGUCAUGCUGUCAGUCGCAGCGAUCGCGACGACGACGACGACGUUGACGUUUCCCGGAUCGAGGAGAAGAGACGCGUUCUCUCGCUGCUGAUAUGGGGCCGAUAUUAGUCGAACGCUUGGUCCUCAAAUCCAUGAGCUCUCCCUACUUGAAAAAUAAAUAAAACUCAAGUGACUUCUUGAGGAGUGCGAGACGACGUUCUUUUCUAAGGUAGACGACCAGGCUCAGGAUGGCUUCGACCUCCAGCAGCACGUCGCCCGACGUUCAAGUGCUGAUGGGCAAGGGAAAACGCGGGGCGGCCGCCUAUAUCAGUUUGACCACAGGUCGGGACACCGGUGGUUGUCCGCCGUAUCUCAAUGAGCUGCUGGACGUUCUGUUGAACCCCAGCAAGCCCAUCGACGAUUGGGAAACCAUCGACUGGUGCAAGUGGUUGAUGGCCGGUGGUCGCACGCCCGACGAAUUCGCCAGUACAGUACGUACCUACGAUAAUGCUACUACUUGUGGUCUGGUAUGGACACCAAACUUUGUAGCAUAUCGCUGUCGCACAUGUGGCAUAUCUCCCUGUAUGUCCUUGUGUACCGAGUGCUUCAAAAAGGGAAAUCAUCAUCGUCACGAUUUCAAUAUGUUUCUCAGCCAAGCAGGUGGUGCAUGUGAUUGUGGCGAUACAUCUGUGAUGAAGGAGACUGGAUUUUGUGAUAGGCAUGGGCCAAAGGCUGCUGUAAAUAAAUCAGUCGCACCAUCGGAUCUGAUGUGUGUAGCCGAGGCAAUGAUGCCCAGAAUUAUUCUUCGACUUAUACAACAUUUACGUGAGAAUUGUAAAAUGGGUGUGCCAGAUUAUAGAGGUGCUAUACAUGAAGCGGAUUCAUAUUUGACCAUGUUGCUAGAUUUGAACAACAUGGGCGCAUUAAUGAGACACGUUAUGACAUCAGCUCUCACGAAUCCGCAAAAGUACCGAGGCCUCAUGGAUCCCUCGGUCUUAACGGGACAAUCCGAGUACGAUAGCUAUUGCCAAGAUAGCAAUAAAAUAUAUCAGCAUGCCGUAAAAUCGCUACCGAAUCCAGAACCACCUGAUGAAUAUAAAGAAUGCGUGUCGCUUCAAGAACACUUAGAGCACACUACAUUCUUGGAGGAACUGAUGUUUUGGACGGUUGCUUACGAAUUUCCGCAGAAAUUGGUUUGUCUGCUAUUGAACAUGUUGCCAGAUCCUGAUUAUAAAGAAGCUUUAACUCGCGCCUUUGUGUUGCACUAUAGUAGAAUCUCUAUGAUGCUCGAGCGUUCUACGGAUCCCGAUACGUUGAGCAAUAGAGUAGUACAUGUUAGCGUACAGCUAUUUAGCAACGAGAAGCUAGCGUUGAGGAUGGUUGACCAGUUGAAAUUGUUACACGUUAUGGUUAUUAGUUUGAAAUACAUGAUGAGCAAAAUACUCAUUCAAAAUACCUUGCAUGAUCCGGAUAAGAACUUCCAUUAUGUUGUGGAUUGUGGACGUCAAGUGAUGAAGGAACAUUGUUAUUGGCCAUUGGUGUCUGAUUUAAACAAUGUGCUCUCACACAAACCCGUCGCGGUCAGAUUCAUGAGCGAUAACACUCUUUUGGAAAUGUGGUUCGACUUUCUAUCCAUGUUUCAAGGCAUGAACGUCAACCAGAGAGAGUUGAGCCAGCAUGUCGAGUUCGAACCUAACACUUAUUACGCGGCAUUUAGCGCGGAACUGGAGGCAAGUGCAUAUCCAAUGUGGGCUCUAGUGUCACAUCUUCGGGGACCCGAAAGUGCAACAUUAAGUCGACGGGUGCUUACCUUCUGCCUUACAGCUUUGCAAGACUGGCUAGACGCCGUGAACUACACUCAUCCAAACGUGAGUGAUAGUUUGCAAGUGUCAUUUCAUCUACCGCUUCAUCGAUAUCUCGCCGUGUUUAUGUGUCAGGCUAUCCGACAACAGGGAGCAACUCUGCGCGAAUUACUACCGCCCACGGACAUGUUACAUCUCCUUAUGAUGCAUCCAUUGCGAGUGCAGGUGGCUUUCUAUGAGAUUUUGAAUGGAUUAUGGGUUCGCAACGGACUGCAAAUAAAGGGCCAAGCAAUGACCUACAUACAGUGUAAUUUCUGCAACUCCAUGGUAGAUGCAGAUUUGUAUCUAUUGCAAAUUUGCGCCACGAAAUUAUUGCCGGAUGUUUUUCUGAAAACCAUCAUCGAAAAAUUUCACGUGAGGGAAUGGAUGAGUCUAUGUUUGUAUCACGCUCCGCAAAAUGAGUAUCUUGAAGGCGAGCACGAUACGCCGAUGUUAGAGAGCUGUCUCACAUUCUUGGCUACACUGGUCAACGUGAGAACGAAUCUCGGUUUAUCAGAUCCUGAGAUGUCCCGUCUUGAAAUGGUGACUCUGUUGUGUAUGGGUGAUAAGACGCAUAGCCAAUUAAUGGAACUGAUGCCAGAACGUUGUGGAACCACACAAAAUAGAGACUUUGAAUCUGUUCUAGCUGAUGUAGCGCAAUAUAGAGCUCCUAAUCUCGAAGCAAGUGGCAAUAUGCAGCAAGGUAUGUACGGACCAAAACCUCGGGUAUGGGAUGAACUCUUCGAUCCUUUACACGUUUUGUUACGAGCGGUGCAUAGAAGAGACUUCCAGAUAUCCAUGGAUCGUUUUACGGAAUACGUAAAGCAAUCAGGCAAAUUAAAAAACAGUGCUACUCCUUGGCCGCCAUUCAGACAUCCUGCUUCGGUGUCGUCGGAUUACGACGAUCCCCGGAUCGUCCUACGCACCAGGGUCUUUCACGCUAUGAUUCUGAUAAUACUGUAUAAGGCUGUGAACGGGCAUAAUAUAUCGGAGCACGUUAUGGCAUUAGCUAUUUACCUCCUGGAGAUGGCAGUGAUUACUGCAGAUUCGCCGAAUAAAUCUGUAAAUCCUUUAUGUCAAUACACCGGUGGUAGCUCUCGCAUGAUAAAGGAUAUGGAUUUAGGUGGAUGGUAUGAAAGCGACAGUUUGUCCGAAAAUCUGAGGACAGUGAUACCUCGAGUGAUUCUAGUCCAAGAGUCGGAGCCGAACAGUUCGGACAGUGAGUUUGAAUGGGAGAUUCAAGGAGAAAUGAGUGAAGUGGCAACAUCCUUAAUGCUGAAUGAUGGCAUCGAUGAUGGCGCGGAAGAAGGCUCUCUGGAGCUUUUAGGAUUUUCUGUAGACACUGUGAGAGACGACAGUGGCGUAUCAAAUGCGAGCGCGACAUCUCUGCCGGCUCUACUACCGUCAGUUGAAAGUGCUACGUCCUUGCCAGCCUUACCAUCAACAAGUGUGGAAUAUGAUUUGAUUGUACCUGAAGACGGAAUCGUUGCUAUACCCCAUAGUAACAGCGAGGAUGACCUAACGAUACCUCUGCAAAGAGCUCUACCACCAUCUGGAGAAGAAUCUAUGGCUUUAGCAAUCGAAUCGCUCCCUUCGCCGAAUAAUAUAGUCGGCGGCCAACCUGCAUUACUACCUGCUCCUCAACGUCCGGCGGUUAUGGCCGGAAAUGAGAUAGUCGCGGCGCAGCCGGUUAGCUACAGGACUACAGAAAUCGUUCCAUCUACAUCAAAUCCUCACAAACAUUUUAAGAGAAGAGAGCCACAGGCUGGAUUGAUGCAACCACAAACUGUAAAGGUGGGAGAGAGUAUAAUUUCCCUGCUAUUGAAGUUACAUUCUCAACUGUCGGGAGUACCAGAUAGCUACAAUCCUGAACAGAGUGCAAUAUCAGACAACGAAGCCGGCAGCAGCAGCAGCAACAGUAGCAGUAGUUCUUUCGCGUCGCCAUCGUCGCUGAACGACUCGCGAAUUGGCGACGGGCCAUUCUUUAUAUCACAGCUACUUAGGAAAAUAUCGGAUUUAGAUCCCAUGUGUAGACAAACUAUUAUUGAGACUAGAAACAAAUUGUGGCCCCGCAUGCAGGAACAGCGCGAGAGGGAGAAUCGCGAACGGGAGGAACGACGAAAAAGGGCAAAGGAGAGGCAGCAGAAACUGAUGGCGGAAUUCGCCAACAAGCAGAAGCAAUUUAUGGAGAAAGCAAUGAAGACCGAAGAAGCAGGUGCAUCUGGAAUGGACUGGGAUCAGGAGGAGAACGCAACUAAACUAGCUAGUAAAAAAGAAUACGAUUGUGUGAUAUGUAAUCAAACUACUCCCAGCAGCGAGGACAAGCCGAUGGGACUUGUCGUAUUAGUUCAAGCAACUAGUAUCAUUGGUCACGAACGACAGGAAUCAGACAGGCUAGUUCUUCCCACAUCCGAUGAGGAUCCACCUAUACCGAAGGGAAAUACCCGCGGGGCUCAUUUUGACCGCAGAAUGGACGAAAUGAGUCGUUUAUUCCACACGUUUUCGUGGCUAAUCUCAGUGAAUCUAGGCUGGGAAGGCGGUGUCCACGUACAAACGUGCGGUCAUCACCUGCACUUAGAUUGUUUAAAAUCCUAUCUGGAAUCUCUUCGUAGUCAACAACGGCAACAGAGUCUAGCGGUGGAACGGGGCGAGUACCUGUGUCCGCUCUGUCGACAGUUGGCCAAUUCUGUUUUGCCAUUGUCGCCGCAAUUAGGCGAGUGCUCAGCAGUGGUGCGAUCUCGUCAUGCUUCCACAAAAACCAUAUUCGCAGAUCUGAACACUUUCCUCAAAGAGGUACAACGAAAUCCGAUCUCUUCGAAUCUGGCUGUGGCGAUGGGAAAAGCGAUGGAGGACAUGACGAGUUGCACGUAUCUAAAAUAUAAGCAAAAGAACUGUAAACCUAGUCACCAAAGCUUGUUCCUUUUUGUAACUUCAGUAGCUCGAACCAAUUUUGAGAUCGAACUCGUGCAGCGUGGCGGAUCGUUGUGCGUUCCACCACCCACCACGAUACCUCUGACGCCUAAACGCGAUUGUAUAGUCGCGCUUCUUCACGUCUUGGCGAUGCACGCUCGUGUACUGGUUACCUGGCCGGUGCACCACGUGUGGCAGCAAUUGUCGGGUAUACCGCUGAUAGAAGAACCGGCGUCUUCGUUCGCUUUGACGCCACGCGAAAGAGAGGUUCCUUUGCUCCUGCGAGACCCGACCGCUAUGCUCAUUCAAUUCAUACUGUUGUUGCCGCUGCACCUGGAUCAAACAUACUUCUCGGGCGUGGUAAAGGUCCUUUACAACUUGCUGUACUAUCAGGUGAUACUACAAAUAAGUUGUAAUUUCUCGCGACCUGAACGAAAUACAAUCCUGAAGAGGAGAUAUAGUUGCGCUACUACGCCUUCGGAGACUAUAUUGGCCGAGAUUAUCGAAUAUUUUAGCGACAGCGGGCUUUAUUCCGGCACAGACGACGACAAGCCGUCUACAUCGUCUUCUCCCACUUACGCCAAAGUGAAAACACACUGCAUCGAACAACAAAUCCAGUCGCUAUGUUUGCCAUUUCUACGAGUGGCAUCGUUGCUGCGUUAUCACCUAUACGAACAGCCGUUACCGCUAAUUAGAACGCCACAGAGCGAGUUUGUGAGAUUGGUCUACUAUUUGGAGCUGGUCACGGAGGGCAUGAGUUGGGAUAGCUUCGAUUCAACAGUGGCGUUGAAUUGGCAGGAACAAGAGGCGAGUGUCUCGGUGCCGCUUUUCUGGUGUGAUCAGUUGCUUGGAUUUCUUGUCAACUGGCAGAAUCACCAGCCGGCUCGCGACCUCAUCAUGGAGCAGCACAUAUCCUGGCAUGUGCCGAAGCUGCUCAGUCUUCCGAGGGAAUACGAAAAGAUCUUCACGUACUACCACGAGCGGCAGUGCAGCCAAUGUCAUUCUGUCCCGCAAGAAAUCAGCAUCUGUUUGUUGUGCGGCACUAUCGUCUGCCUCAAACAAAACUGUUGCAAACAGAUGAACGUAUGCGAAGCAAUUCAGCAUUCGGUCGAUUGUGGGGGUGGAACUGGCAUCUAUCUUGUAGUGACUUCGACUUACAUUAUCGUGAUACGCGGCCGACGAGCGUGUUUAUGGGGAUCUUUAUAUCUCGAUGACUUCGAGGAAGAAGACAGAGAUUUAAAACGUGGCAAGCCUCUAUAUCUUAGCCAGGACAGGUAUCAACUACUAGAACAACAAUGGUUGGCACAUCGAUUCGACCAUACGAAGAAAACAUGGGUAUGGCAUCGUGAUGCUCUGUGACCCCUUACGAUGUUAUCACACAUCGCUCGUCGAUCUUAAUCUCAGAAUUGAAGAAGACUCUCUCCCCCUUUUCCUUUUCGUUUUUUUCUAUCUUGUUCUCGUGAUUCCCGCAAUUAUUCUCACGCAAAAUGCCUCGCCCUUUCGCAGUAAUGCCCGCGCGCUUUAGAGACUAACAGAAAUAGACCGUUCUUAAUAGAUAUUAUAUAUUUAUUAUGCAAUCGAAUAAUUAUAGGCAUAUAAAUGAUGACAAAUGAAAGUAUUACAAAAAAACACAUUCGUCUGAAGAAAAGAAUAAAUUUUGUUCACAUAGUCAUGCGCAACUUGAAUAAUGCAUAUUAUGUAGAAAUUUUAUGUAUGAUGCCCUCAAAUUAUAAAAACUUGUACAUUUUAUUUAAAUAUAUACAUCGGACCGUUCCCAAUUUAAUCUUUCCGCGUAAUUGUCUAUGAAACAAGUGGUUUCCGAAAAAAAAUCACAUCAAAAGCUUAACGCCUCUUUUUCAAAUUACACGCAAACUGUCGAAACACGCGAAUAGACAUAGAAAUGGAAUAAUUUUGAUCUACAACGUUGUUUCUUUAAUAGCCACUAAUUUUGGUGAUUAUUAUGGAAAAGAUUAAAGUGAAAUGCAUACCCUGUAUAUACAUAUAUAAAAUAUGUCCUAAUAAUUUAAAAAAAAGUACUUAUCUAAUGUAGCAUUUCUACUUUGUAGAACAAAACAAUAUUUAAGUGAUAAUAAUCGCAAAGAGAUGAAAUUCGUGUGCUGCUUCGAAUAAUUGACUCGCUCGUUUUGGAGAUGGAUAAUAAUUUCUGAUUUAUAUUUCUUUACUUCGAGCACUUCGCAGAUACAUGCAAAGCAAACGCAGAUUUCUCGCGAAUAUUUAUAUUUUAGCAUUAGUGUAUAAAAUAUACACUAAUUUUCCAAAUAUUAACAUUGCUAUGAACAAGAUCAUAUUGCUAGAAGUAUGGGAAUGAUGAAGGAAAGAAAUGUCAAAGACUGACGUCUUUAGAUCUGUAUUUAUAUAUGCUCGACGACAAAGAUAUUAGAAUCUAUAUAUAGUCAGAAAUACACUAUUUUAUUUACGCCUCCCCCCAAUAUAAUAUUUAAUCUUUAUAAUAUAAGAAAUGCAAAACUAUAAGACAAAAACGGGGACGCGAGAAUGCGCCAAAUGCAUUAAAUGUCGAUUGGAAAUUUUUGUCACGUGACAACAAGCGCAUGACACGAUAACAAAAUCGAUACUUUCUCGUUUCGGGAUGCAAUAUAGAACUGUGGUCCAUUACGCCCAAUGUCAAUAAUACGGGAGAAACAUUAAGAUUAACGUUAAUUAUUGUUACAUAGAUGUAACUAUUAAGUCACAGAAACUAUGCACACACAGAAUUUCAAUUCGGAUUCUCCGAUGCUAUAGAUAUGUGCAAAUAAUAUUUACGUUUUUAAUAAGAAUAUUUUAUUUUCAUGAUAUAAAUUAAUAUUAAUAGUUAAAUGAUUAUAUAUAGUUAUCAUAUAGUAGUCUCUAUAUGUAUAGUGUUAUGGAUUAUAUAUAAAAUUAUGUAUUUUAGAUUUUUUCCAUAUUCCAUAGACACAAUUCUUCUUAUUUUUUAUCUAAAAAUUUUGAUUUUGUGAUAAAAUUUUUAUUUGAAUUAAUAUAUAUCGAAAAUAUAUUUUAAUCUAAAUAUACAUGCUGUGAUGCCUUUAAGGAAAGUUCUCUCAGAAUUAUUAGAAAAUUUACUGUAUAAUUAAUAAUCUAUAGCUUCGGAAUUCGGGCAUACCGAAGAAUCCGCUUGGAAUUCGGAAAUUAUCUGUUUGAGUGAUAAUCGUUUCCUUUACUAUAGCAUACAUAUGUUGAAUGAGAUAUUGAUUUACGGGAUAUCACUUGUUAUCGUUUGCCGAGCAACUUGUAUACUAGAUAUUUUUGAAGAAAUAACGGGAUAGUAGAUGCGUAAAAUAUAAAUUUGAUACAUAUCUUAUGACUUUAAUUUUAAUGCUGGAAUUUUCGAUAAAUUUCAAGUUUUCAUCUUUAUUAAAAAUAGUACCUGGUAGCAAUAAUUUUCAUGAAUUAAAUCUUUGGGGGAGAAAAAAAGUGAGAGGUCAUGCACAAAUUAAAAUUAAAAAAAUGAAUUUAAAAAAUUAGACUACAUAUAUAAAAAAGCAUUCGAGACACUAAUUUUAAUAAAUAUAAUUAUAUGUAUAUAUAUGAUCUUUAUCUUUAUAUACAAUUUUAAUUUAAAUCUUUAUUAUAAAGAAUGUAAAUGAAUGAAAGAAAAAAAUUGAGUGUUAAAAAUUGAGAAUUGAUGGGCAAAUCUGUCAUUAAAAUCAAGAUCGCGAGUUAUGCAUAGAUCAUUCUAUAUAUAUAAAAUUUAAAUUUCUCGAUUUGAUUCCAAACUCCCUGUAUGUUUUAGACAUGUUGCGAAAUGAGAUUGCUUUUUCUAGAAUGCACGAUCGUAUUGUAAAUAUGUAAUAAUAAUAAUAUAUAUAGCUCGCCAUGUACUGCAUCAUUAGUCAAUGUUCGCGAAACAAGAUGAUUUGUAUAUAACUACAAAAUUAUUUUUUAGAAGUAUCUUUUUUUUUGCUUGUAAUAUGUAAGAGUCUAUGAUAUAAAAUCUACAUGAUUAAAUAAAGACCUGAGAAUUAUUGAAUAUGUUAAAAGUAUAAAUAAGAAUAAUCUCUCGAGUUUUGUUAUUUCUUCCAUCUAUUAUUAAGAAAUAACAAUAUUUAUACUUUUUUCUAUGUGAUUAUAUUUAAAUACAAACAGGUCAUCAUAUACAAUAACGAUAGCUGUAUCAUUUAUUAUUUUCCACUAUAUAUUUUCUCGUAUUUUUAAUUUUAUAUAUAAUUUUUGUAUCAUAUACUUUUUAUAAAUUUGACAUUCUUAUUGCAAAAACUACUCACAUCAUAGUUAAAAAGAAAUUUCGCAAAAACACCGGGAACAAAUUUCCGAGAAUAUCCAAAAAUUACUCGCAUUACAUAUGUCAUGACUUAUAACUAAAAAUGUUCUAAAUCUUCUAAAAGAACAAGGUAUAUUAUGUCAAUUCUAAGUGUUUCUAAGAGUUCAAAACUUGCGCUUCACAAUUAUUUUUAUUAAUAUUGCAGUUAUUUGAGAAAGAAAGAGAUUUACAAUUACAAUUACUUUUAUUAUAUCUUAAAUGUAACAAUUUUGUUUUAUUAUAUUCACAUCUUUUCUUUCUGUAUCCACCACAAAACAUUAAAAAAAAAAAAAAAA